AUGGCAACGGGAAAACGAACUUACAAAAUUAAGGACAAAAACUACGAGGUUAAGUUCGAGUUAGACACUCGUUAUAAGCUGCUAGAGAACAUAGGAAAUGGAGCGUACGGUGUUGUUUGCUCCGCCAUUGAUACGGAGAACGACAGCAAAGUUGCUAUAAAGAAAAUCCCUCGAACUUUUGACGUGGUUACAACAGCGAAACGUACGUACAGAGAGCUCAAGAUCUUGAAACAUUUCAAGCACGAUAAUAUCAUCUCCAUUAAGAAUAUUUUGAAGCCUCCUGCAGAUUUGGAGCAGUUUAACGAUGUCUAUGUGGUCCUGGAUUUGAUGGAAACUGACUUGCACCACGUCAUUCAUUCACAACAGCCCCUUACGGAAGAACACGCUAGGUAUUUUCUGUAUCAAAUCCUUCGAGGAUUAAAGUACAUUCAUUCCGCGAACGUCUUACAUCGGGAUCUCAAACCGAGCAAUCUGCUGGUGAACCAGGAUUGCGAAUUGAAAAUCGGUGAUUUUGGAAUGGCUCGCGGUCUUUCAAGCUCCCCCUCAGAGCAAAAGAGGGUAAUGACAGAGUACGUAGCUACCAGAUGGUACAGAGCACCAGAGUUAAUGCUUUCGUUGAAUGAAUACUCCGAAGCAAUUGAUAUGUGGUCUGUGGGUUGUAUUUUUGCUGAAAUGCUUGGAAGGAAACAUUUAUUCCCUGGAACUAACUAUUUAAAUCAGUUACAGGUAAGCAAGCUUACACAAAAUAGUUCAGUUCUUUACAAAGGCGUCACUUAGGGUGUAAACGGUGUGAUUUUAGUAUAUUGCCCUUUGCUAGUUUUCCUCUUUCCUAUUGGUUAGGUUUGAUAGUUCUACCUAGUGUAUGAAAUGACACGCAAAAAUCAGGGUCUCCUUUGUAGCUGUUAUUUGUGUUGUCAUGCAACGCUGGGGCAGAGCAUUGUGUAAUGACAGGCUGUUUAGGUAACUAAGACUUCAGAGGCAUGGACAGCCAAGGUAAGUUGUGGACCAUGCACCUCCCAUCCAGAAAGGCAUCAAACAUAAAGUCUGACCUUGUAACAACUCGGUUGGCCUGGGUUACUAUUCAGCAGUUGUAAGUAAAGUUACUCCCCCUUUACUCAGUUUGUGCAACCUUUUUGUAUCCUUGUUUAGCUUAUUCUUAGUGUAGUUGGCACUCCAUCAGAGGAAUUCAUCAAGCGUAUGGGUGCAGAGCGAGUAAAGACCUACCUAAGGCGAUUACCACAGAAGCAGCCUGUUCCACUUGAAAAACUUUAUCCCAAGGACAUGUGUCAUCCAGAUGCACUGGACCUCUUGGGGAAAAUGUUAAAACUGGAUCCAAAAGAACGCAUCUCAGUGGGUGAAGCUUUAUCUCACAAGUACUUAGAAAAAUACCAUGAUAUUGACGAUGAACCUUUGUGUUUUCCACCUUUUGAAUUUGACUUUGAGGACAUUCCUUUCACAAGAGAUGACCUAAAGGCAAGGAUUCUGAAAGAAAUUGAACAGUUUCACAAAGAUAGGGUGUUGAUUCUCUCUCCUGUGAAUAGAUCUCCAAAAGAAUUGCAGUCAUGUCAAGUGUCAUCAACCCAGUUAAACUCUAGUAGAGGAAAAGACAAAACCACUUCAAAGAAAGGUAUUGAUCUUGCUCCUCCUGUCUUGGGACAUACUGUGUUAAUAUUAUCAUUUUUGAGCUGUUAAGUCAUAGAGGAAAUCCUAAUUUUUUAUCAUGGAAAUUAGAAAUGCUCCCAAUGCACAUUCAGAAUGUGCUGGAUAAAAUUUUGGAGCAUACUGAUUUAAAUGCUCUUCCAAAGUUUUCAACAGUCUCUUUAACAAGGAUAUACUUUUAUUCUGUCUCUUGAUUCUGAAUGGUAAAAAAAUGAGCAUUACUGAUAGUCUGAAGUGCUCUAACUCUGUUAAAAUGUAACUCAAUGCCAUAUAAGGUUCAGGUAUCAGUCAUUUCGAUGCAAAGAUGUUUUGAUACAAGCUGAUUCAGUGGAGAUGUAAAUAGUUUCAUUUACUUGGCUUAACCCAUUCGCUCCUCAAGAUUUUGCCGAAAAACUCGUUUUGAAGCUAGUAGUCGAGUGGUUUUCUGGUCACUGUCAUGCUAUAAAGAGCUAAAACUUACCACAAACCGGUUAACAGGUCGUACACUUUGCGGCUUUCUGAUCCAGAUGCAAAAUAUCCGCUUGUGAAGUUCGGGCAUGCGCAGAAAGCAAAAUUUUGACCCAGCAGUCUUGACUUUUACUUUUCGCUUUCUCUCCUCCCUUCUUUUUUCGCUUUUCUUGCCUCAUAUUUUUUCUCUUGCUGGGCAUUUGGUAGGCUUCAUUUUGGUGGGAAGAGCUUUUAGGAAAGCUUUUAGGAUCUUAGGAUUAGGUGAAAGGAAAGGUAGGUGAGCAAUGGAACAAGAUUUUCAUGAAGAUUUUCAGGUCAAUGUCACGUGGUUUUUUGCUUCUUUCUCCGGUGUCCUUGACUGAAUUGUGCUCAUUCUGGUAUGGUUUGAAAGAUCUCUUCACUCGGCACAAGUUAGCGAAGAAAGUUGUCCUUGACCCUUAAAACUGAUGACGUCACAAAUGGUAGAAAGGACCUGGAUCCACACGGGCGGUUACCGGCGGUUCAGGGGCGAAUGGGUUAAAGAACAGGGAAUAUUCAUCCCAAAUGUUUUCCUUGUUCAAGCGCUAACUGUACUCUAACUGAUCGAAAAUGUUGUUCAGUUUCUUCGCUGCUUAAGUUUGUAUCCAAAUGACUUGUAUUGAAAUAACUGGUUUUCAUAUUAAUAUUUCAGUAUCAUCAUUAGCCCUGGCAGAUGUUCGACAGAAAAUGGAACAGACCUUAAAAAGAAAGAAAGAGAAAGCAGAAAACAAGGCUAAAAAAUCUAAAGUAGCCAGGAGACAAUCAGAAAAUAAAGAAACAGAAUCAAACAAGGGCACAGGUCUAAGCGACAGUGAUAAACAAAUGCUACAAAGAUGGGAAAACAUGAGAAAGCAAACCAAGCCAUUCAUUCAUCCCAUAAGAAAAUACAUGAAGGAGCUCAGUGACUUGAAGGAAGAGAUGCUAGGUUGUGACUUGACAGCAUCACAGCCACUUCAACUUCCACAUCUCGUGGGAAGUCAAACUCAGCAGCAGUUUCAGUUUACUCAGUUUGUACCACAGAACCAGAAUGGAAAUGUGACAGGACUAAAGGCUGUUAAAGUACCAACUCAAACAAUGCCAAAUGUCUCCCAGACAUUACAGGGAGGAUGUGUAAUUGCACAGACAGGUAUGUCUACCAAGAAUUAGAAUUGAAGAUUUGUGAUAUCAUGUUACCAUGGUGGCAAGAUUACUUGAUCUCAACAAUCUUUCUUGACAGAGACGACCAUUUUCAUUGUGAAAGGGUGGAAGAAAAGUAUGGGCUACCAUUUUGUUCCCAAGUAUAAUCAUGAACAAGAAAGUCAAACGUGUCAAAUUGUUGGAUAAUAAUUCUGCCAUAUUUGCAGGACCUUGGUUUUUGCUACCCCGGCCAACACGAUGUAACAACUUCUCCUCUCUAUAAGAUGAAUAUCAGUUACAUAGAGUGAAAAGGAUGUGAAAUGCGGUUUUCACAUCAUCUUCAUUCUAUGCUUCAUUCCUUUCACUGAUUAAGAUGAAUGCAAUGAAUUCGGCCGCCCCCAACAUAUGGGUCUCUGUAGCUCAGUUGGUAGAGCACUGCAGAGCUAACAUAGAGGCCAUGGUUUUGAAUUCUGUUGAAGCUCCAAAAUUUUUUUAGGCUUGAUUUUGCAGUUGCUUAAAUUGUGAUUGCAACUGGGACAGUCAUUUCUUUAUUUAGGAUAUCUGUUACAGUUUAUAAACUGGUGCUAAAUUUUUGUUCCAAAAACUAAAAUGACUACCAUUUAAUGGAAUGAAAUUUAAACAUGUUGUAAUCCUGUUAUUCAGUUGCAGGUAAACUUGUUCCUCUGGCUCCAAACCAACUUUUAUCACUGCCCCAGUCUUUGGUGGCAAAUUUGCCUGUUUCUGUGGUAAAAGGACAGAUUACUGCUGCUUCUCAAGCUUCCACAUCUCAUGUUACUGUUUCUCAGAGUACAAGUAGUGCUGGGUCCCAGGCAAAAGCAGCUAAUGUCAGCAUCACUGCAGGAAAUUCUGGUGUAGUUCCACUUACAUUAGCAAACAGAACUGUAGAUAUAAAUGCCAAGGAUGUUGCCUCUGUUAAUGCCGGUACCGUAACGACCCAAAUGACGCAUUGUGCUGCUGUUUCUACAUUGCCAUUACUAACAAGUUUUGCAAAUUCUGGUCUGUCAUCUUUAAAAGACACAAGUUUAACUACUGUUGUUCCAGUAACUACAUCACAAACCCCUUCUAAAAACACACAAGCAAUGCCUUCUGUUUCUUUCACUAUGCAAAGUACAAUUCCUUCAGUUUCAAUUCAUAAGAACAUCAUAGUUACAGCUCCAACUGGCAGUAAACCAGUUAGUAAUUUCAUUGACUCUACAGUGAAUUUGAUGAUGCCUCCUCAUGGAGCCUUGUCUGUCAACACUGUCGCAAAUGCUGUCAGUGCUGGAAAACAACAGUUAACAAAUGCCUCAACAUCAUUGUCAUCGAAUUCAGUGCAAGGUUCAACUACAACAAACUUUAUGAAUUUACCAUCAAACAUGCCACUCCCUCCAUCCAUUGUAAGUACUUCGUCACUAGCAACACCAUCAGUAAAUUUGUCUACCCAAGUUAUACCAUCAUCAAGCAGCUACUCUCCUCCCAGCACAAGUGUGACAGAUAAUAUUCCAUGGAGUACAAUCUUCCAAACUUCAGCAAAUGCUAAUAGACUGUCCUCACAGACACACACUGCUCAAUCAUCUUCAUUGCAAUCAACAGGUGUGCAGUUCAGCCAAACUUCAGUUACAGACACUACUUCAGCACCUGCUCCUUGUCCAUCUCUUUCUUUGAUAGACUCAACGGUUACAUCAUCUGCUCCAGUGGACACAAGUUUAGAUAUAUGUGCCAUGGCUGACAACAGCACAGCACCUUCACUCAUGAGUCCACAAAGCCUUCAGUCAAUUCUUCAGUCCACGCUUAGUCAGACUGACAUUCAGCUCCUUUGGAACACAAUGCUGAGCUCGCCACUGAUGGCCUCGCCCAUCUUCAAACAGGCUGACACAUCAAACAGCUCUGCUACAACAACGUGUACAGCAACCGAUUCCCAACCCAAACUAUCUCCUGUUAAAGUUGGGACAGAACAGUUCACAGCACAGCCAAGCAAUGGAAAUUUGGAGGAUGCUGGGGUAUCACAGCAAACUAGCGUGAUUCCUGAGAAUAUCCACGAUGCAUUGAGCGAUCUAAAUGUACAGGAAGUCCAAGAGGAAGCUGGUUUAGCAGAGGAAGUGAUUUUCUCCAGCAGAUUAUCCUCCUACGCCAAAGCAACUGGCAGUGGGUAUGGUAUAGGACGAUUCAACAUCAAUGAACUUCUCAAUGAUGCUGGCAUAAUUCAGGAUCCUUUAAACCUGUGAGUACUGUUUUUUUGUACAGGGUGUUGUUUAUAUCACUGGUUUUGCAUGUGGGGAAGAUUAAGCGAAUCCUGUGUACUGAUAGAUAUCGCAAGAAAAUUGUUCUCUUGUUCCAAUAGUAAAUCCUUUAUUGACCAAGUUUGUUUGGUCAAGAUGACUGGAUGUUGAUCUCGUUUUAUUGACCUCAACGUCCCCUCUUGGUCUAUAAAACCUUGGACGGGACUGGACGCGAACAAGAUGAUUUUUUGAUCCAUUACUUUGACACCCAAAAUGCACAGCCACAUUUUAAACUGGUUAAUUUUUAUAAGUUAGUUGGAAAUAACUUAUGUAAGUCCCCAAGUUCAGCAGCAACCAAUAAGGGUCUGUAAAUCACUGUAAACAGAAUCUCUAUUACAAGUGUAAAAGAUCAACCAUUUUUUAAGUUGCAAUGUAUUUUAUGAUCGCAAAAUUUAAUUAAGGUUGAUAAUUUUGAAUGUGGCCCGAUGUAGCCUGUACCAGGCUCUCGGUCAGUGCGGACGUACAAAAAAGCGAGCGAGCGAGCCCCUCCGCAGAGGCUCCCACUGGGUAUUACAUUAGGGAGCUUAAGCAACGACGACGGCGACGGCAACGAGAACGGCGAAAAAAACAAUACGUUUAGAUUGGCAAAACAACAACUUUGCUCGUGCAUCACGCUUAUUUCUUUGUCGUUGUUGCACGACUACAACGUGAAAGUGUCUAAUUUCACGUUUUGUCGAGGACGUGAACACUAGACAACGACUUUAUUUUUAUUUUUCUGAACUUUGAUACAGUCGGUUUUAGAAUUCAACUCCAGAAAAACUUGCCAACAUUUGACGAAUUGAACGAGUUGGAAUAAGCGCGAUAAAGUUUGAAGGAGCGCGAAUUCACUUUUUAAGUGACGUUUUCGUAGCCGUUGCAGAGGAGAGAGGUGAAACAGCGAAUGAGCGAAAAACGGCUGGAAGAGAGAAGGGAAGAGCUUGUAAGCAUCUUGUUAACCCUUUAAACCUUAAGAUCAAAAUUUGACUUCUCAUUUGUUGCCCCUAUUCAUUUCCUACAGAAGUAAGAGGGAGUUGAUAAAUUAUCAAGGAAAUUCAUCUUGUGUGAUCAUGUCCGUAAUUCUUAUGACCACUCUGUUUUACAAUGCAUUGAUAUCACAAGGAGAAAUUUGAUGCUGAUCACUCUUAGGGCUUAAAGGGUUAAAUACCUCAAUCACCCACUUCCCCAACUUCCUAAAACCCGUUUCUUGUGUCAAUAUGUAACCUGGAAAGGCUAGGCCCAGUGCAAUGGGUGAAAUUGGGGUGAUAAAUCUUUCUCGUCCUUUUUUUUUGACGCAGAUCUAGCCCUUAUAAAGAUGUAUGCCUGACCCUCCCCGCAAGUUUACCAAACAGUCCAUCACUAUCAGCCUCACUGUUAUCUGAUUGGUUAGAUGGCAAGGACAUGCUUCCAACAGACAUGGAUGAGAUACAGAAAGAGCUGGAGUCUAACUCCGUACUGGCUCUCUUCCAGGAGAUGGAUGAUACAUAG